ACAGUAAAGAACAUAUCUUUCAUCGGAUCUUGUCGAAUACGCUCUCGAAGAAGAAAAUUAAAAGAAGAAGGAAGGAAAGAAGAAGAUCCAUCUCUUUGAAUAAAGAAGCAAAAUUGGAACGAAUUUUUUGUUUAAAUUCGUUAUGGAGGAUACGGGAAGUAACGUAGGCGGUGGUGGAACGGUAAUUGAUAAUAUAAGUGAAACAACGACAACAGCGACACCAGCGGCAACGACGGUAAAACCAACAACUACGAAGAAGGUGGCAAAACCUAAAGCUAAAGCACAAAGGCCGAAAUCAACGCAUCCACCGACCUCCGAAAUGGUAACAGCCGCCAUUAAGGAUUUGAAGGAUCGCAAGGGUUCAUCCCUACAAGCGAUCAAGAAAUACGUUAUUGCUACGUAUAAGGUUGACGGUGAUAAGGUAACACCAUUUAUAAAGAAAUAUUUGAAGAAUGCAGUAUCGAGUGGUACAGUUGUACAAACCAAGGGAAAGGGUGCAUCUGGAUCGUUUAAACUUUCAAACGUUAAAACUACUGCUGGAGGUGGUGUUGGUACUACUGGUGCUGCUGGUGGUGGAAGUGGCGUUAAGGGCAAGGCACAACAACGUCGUCUUACAAAAGAAAAGAAAAUAACCAAUGAUAAAUUUGUUGAAAAGAAAACUGUUGCAGCACGUAAAGCAGCUGCAACGAGUACUGCCAAGAAAACUAAAACAACGCCAACCAAGAAAAACGAGUCCGUUAAAAAGUCUACCACCGAUCAACAAAAGAAAUCGAAAGUUACUUCUAGAGCUGCUGCCGCCGCUGCUGCAGCAGCUGCCGCCACCGCAGCAGCUGCUAAUCUUAACGUUGCCGAAAAGAAGUCUACGAAAAAACAGGCACAACCGAAAAUCGUAUGGAAAGCUAAGAAAACCGCUAAGGCACCCGCUGCCAAAACUAAAACACCAAAACCGAAGAAAACUACUACAACCGCUAAAGCUGUUGCUAAGAAAUAAUUAAUUUCUUUAUCGAAAAAAAAAUAUAUAUAUAUGUAUGUAUAUAUAUGUCUAUGCAAAAUGGCCCUUUUCAGGGCCAC